AUGAAACAAACUCGGGCCUCCUCUUCGCCAAUUGAUCCGGACACAGGUAAUAAGGCGAUUGUCAAUGACCGAACGACUUCGGGAUACGGCCUCACAGACCCAGGCCGCCAAAAGUCAAAAGCCCUUCAAUCCCAGCGCUCGGAGUCGAAGAUUGUUCGAUUAAAGCCCACAAAACCAAGGCCACCCAAAUCCAACCCCCAAGAAGUGGACUGGGAUGAAGAUCUCCGUCCUACACCUAAUGAGAUAGCGGAGAACAAAGGAAUCCAUGGAGGAACCUCCGUUGCCGAUACAGACCCAGGCCGACCGAAGACAGCUGUCAAAAACACAAGGAGUAAGCGACCAACAUCGUCAAAGCCACAAACAACGUCAGCAAAACGCAGGAAGUCGAACACAGAGAAGACCACUACCGGCGGUACCAGGGAGCCACAAUUGCCAUUGGUAACACUCACUGCAAGCACUUUGCCUCCUGGAGCCCCUCUGGGCAAUAAUGGACCUUCUGAUAUGGGCUCCCUGGAUGCGCAAAGCAAAGAUUAUGCCACAAAGCGCAAUGGACAUGUGACCGAGGCUGCGCACCAACCCACGCCACCGAAACAUGGUCAUGACAAACAUGGAAGUAACAGCAAGGAAGGUGUGACCGUCGAGAUAAAAAGCUGCACAUCGGUGACAACCGAGUCAUCCUCGGAUUUCGAAGAUUAUGGCAAAGGGCCAUCCCGUACUUCAAAAGUCAGCAUCUUAGAGCACCGGGCACAGUCCAAUGGACAAACAAGUAAAGGCAAAGCUUUUAAUGUGACCUCCGAAUUAUCCUCAAGUUCCGAUGUCGAUCUCAAAGGACCGACUACUUCAAAGCUCACCAUCCUGGAGGCAAGGGCACUUCCAAAGGGACGAAACAUCCAGACCAUGGCGGUUCAUGAAAAGAGCCACCGCAAACACCGCGGUAGAGCAGAAAGUGUUGGCAACAAGUUGAUGCUUGCGCUCCACGGAGCAGAGCCUGCUCAGAAUGAACCAGUCAAUGACCAAAAUGCACCUCUCAUCAUCUCCUCUGAUCCAGUACAACCAGAAGGAUCUCCCUCAAAGCACCAGUCCGACCAAAUGCCGGUCUACACCGUGUUGGAGCCUCCAAAGAUCGAAAGCGUGCUUGACAGAACAAUUCCAGUUGAGAUGCACCAAAGCCAGACCGAGCUCAAGACUGUCAAUCCAGCAUUGAUUAGCAAAACACUUUUGCCGAAGGAAGAGAAGAUAGAACAAGAAGAUGACGCUUCUUUCUGGCAGAUUCUGGGCGAUGAUAGGAUGUCCACACCAACAAGCUCCUCGGAAUUUGAAAUCGGCAACGGCUUGAUGGGUGACGGCCCUUCAAUUCUUGAUUACCACAUGGAAAUGGAACAUAUCCCCGGAUUUGCAACCUUGCAACCCAUGAGAUCCGCACCGACAACCUCUUCAUACGUCUCUAACAUCUGCGAAAGCCAGGCGGGUAGCUCGUUGGAGACUUCAAAUGCAGGAAAAUUCGAUGAUCCCACAGCAGGACAGAUCGAGGGACGCGAGCUUAGCCAUACCCCGGAGUCCCAAAAGCCUCUUCUCACCAAUGUAUCCCCAAUGGAACUGAAUUCCGAAUCCUCCCAGCCCCCAAAAUCAGUCCCAAAGACUAGCAUUGUCGACAGAAACGGUAUUCCUCGACUCAUGCCCCAAUCAGUAAAGAGCAUGAUUGCACCUCAGUUUGACCUGGAUGGCGAAAAGGGCCACGAAGAGACAACUAGUGAUACUGAAACUAGCAUAAGUGAAAGCGAACGAGAGUUCUGGACCGGGCCUAAAAGUGAGGGGUACAUGUGUACCAGGUUCGCAAGAGACAUGUUCUUGGAAUACGGGAUCCAAAUGGAAAACCUGACGGGAGGCAACCUGUGGCCGCCACAUCCGGGUCAAAAGCAUCAGCCAUCGUUGUCUCCGGGGGAUACUGCUGAUGGGGCCAACUCCGACAAAGCAUCAACGACUAGACCAAGUUCUUCACAGAGAACGAUCGACGAGAGAGCAUUAGGUUGCGCUCCUUCAAAGAAUCAUGGGCUUGACCAAUCUUUCCGAACAGAUAUUUCGGGAUCAACGCAGCCACCCUCUAAAUCGCACCAAUCCUCUACGACGGGCGAUCAUGACGACAUGGAAUGGAUAUCAAAUUUGCAAGUAGCGCAAAAGGACGCACACCACCUGCUUCAACAAACCAACUCGCAUUUGUCUACUCAGCUGGCGGCAGAAAAGGCCACGAUCAGUCGAGUUCUGGAGAUCUACCGAGAGGGGUGCAGUCGGAUCCUUGAUGACCUAUUCCAGGCACAAGAAGCACGAAUGCAGUUAUAUCAGCAGCAAAUGCAAGCUGUCAAGGAACAGCAUGCAGAUAUAUGUCAAGACCUGGUUCGUGGACUACAGGAGCUCGACCGUCGGUUCUUCAUUGAUAACCCUAAUGUGGGCAACCACAACCAUUUGGAAGACUCCCGCAUUCUCGGCUACAACCCUCUCACUCCUCCCAAUCUCCUCCAACAUGAGAUCGCAUUGACCGAGACUUCACGAAAGACAGUACUCGACGGACGCAAUGAAGCCGUCGCAAUUGUCCAUGGCACAGAUAAGCGCCAGCGCCUGAUGGUAGUGAUCGGACCCUGCUCCAUCCACGACCCGGAAAUGGCCCUCGAAUACUGCGAUCGCUUAAUGAAGAUGAAGGCCAAGUACGCCGACGACCUACUCAUCGUUAUGCGCUCGUACCUCGAGAAGCCACGCACAACCGUCGGCUGGAAGGGUCUGAUCAACGACCCCGAUAUCGACAACAGCUUCAAGAUCAACAAGGGUCUCCGUGUAUCGCGCCAGCUGUUCGUUGACCUGACCAACAAGGGCAUGCCCAUCGCAAGUGAGAUGCUCGACACAAUCUCCCCCCAGUUCUUGGCCGACUGUCUGUCCGUCGGUGCUGUUGGUGCUCGCACCACUGAGUCCCAGGUCCACCGUGAGCUUUCAUCCGGUCUGUCUUUCCCCGUCGGAUUCAAGAACGGAACAGACGGCUCGCUCGAUGUCGCUGUCGAUGCUAUCGGCUCCGUCAAGCACCCUCACCACUUCCUGUCCGUCACAAAGCCAGGUGUUGUCUCCAUUGUUGGAACCGUUGGUAACCCUGAUUGCUUCGUUAUCCUUCGCGGAGGAAAGAAGGGCCCCAACUACGAUGCUGCUAGCAUCGCUGAGGCUAAGACUAAGCUUACUGCUAAGGGCAUGCGUCCCCGUCUUAUGGUUGACUGCAGCCACGGUAACUCCGAGAAGAACCACAAGAACCAGCCCAAGGUCGCUGCUGUGCUUGCUGAGCAGCUCGCUGCUGGUGAGGAUGCUAUUAUGGGUGUUAUGAUUGAGAGCAACAUCAAUGAGGGCAACCAGAAGGUCCCUGCAGAGGGCAAGGCCGGUCUCAAGUACGGUGUCAGUAUCACAGAUGCUUGCAUCAACUGGGAGGAUACCGAGUCAGUAUUGGAGACUCUGGCUCAAGGUGUUCGCACUCGUCGCGAGAAAUCCGAAACAAAAUAA